AUGAUUCAGGUAAGUCCGGUAAAUAUUGUUGAGGAGACUCUCCGUGACCUGAUCGGGCUGCUGCUAAUUGCUGUAGGAAUAGUUGAUUCGAAGUUCUCACUAGAUAUAAAUGUUGGAAUACACGAUACCGAUGUUACAAUAACACAUUCUGGUUUCGAAAUCAACAUUAUUGGUCAUCGGGAAAUUGAAUUAUUUAAUAUUGGGAACGCUAACAUAAGGAAUGCUGUAAAGGGACAUUACCAUUGGUCUCCCAGCAAUGUUUACUUAAAAAGUCCGACACCGUGGGGAGAUUUGUUCCAAAACUAUAACUGGGAACAGGUAUCUCGAGUUUUGACUGUCAAAUCAGCAAGAUUAAAGACAAUAACGAAGAAACCUGUAAUAGUGUCUCAAGACUUCGAUAAAGUUUCAUAUAAGACGAUUAAGAUUUUAUUUAUAGUUGCUGUAGGAAUAGUUGAUUCGAAGUUCUCACUAGAUAUAAAUGUUGGAAUACACGAUACCGAUGUUACAAUAACACAUUCUAGUUUCGAAAUCAACAUUAUUGGUCAUCGGGAAAUUGAAUUAUUUAAUAUUGGGAACGCUAACAUAAGGAAUGCUGUAAAGGGACAUUACCAUUGGUCUCCCAGCAAUGUUUACUUAAAAAGUCCGACACCGUGGGGAGAUUUGUUCCAAAAAUAUAACUGGGAACAGGUAUCUCGAGUUUUGACUGUCAAAUCAGCAAGAUUAAAGACAAUAACGAAGAAACCUGUAAUAGUGUCUCAAGACUUCGAUAACGUUUCAUAUAAGACGAUUAAGGUAAAUACAGGGAUAAGUCAAACAGUGGAAAAUACGAUUUCAACGAGUUGGACCAAAACCAAGGAACAAAACACUUCUCAAUUAAACUAUUGGGCAAGUGAAGAGCAAUCUGAAACUAUCACGAUUGGAACCACAAGUGGUGUUGAAACGGAACUGCAGCCUGGGCACGCGGCGACCGCGAUCUUUGUAAACACGGCCUCAAACAAGGACGAUGUUAUUGUGCACUACUAUGGUAUAGAUAGAAAAAUUAUAACCGAUAUGGAAGUGAAGUUGUUCAAUAUUACAGAAGGUAGUAAGAGGUUUGAAAAUAGGACUUGA